AGCCAUUUCAUUCAGUGUGGCGAGGUGCGGAGAGUCCCAUUCAUAAAAACCAAGGAGAGUCUUCGUAGCCAGCGGUGCCACGGGUGACGGAGGGGCGUGCAGCGGCCAGGACCCACCCCGCCGCCAGUGUCGUGCCCCCAGCCAGCCGCCCAGCACGAGAAAGGAGGCGCGAGGAGGGAAAUAGUGGAGGAAUAGUGGUUAAUCUGAGCAUGUGUGUGGUGGUGGUGGUGGUGGUGAGGGAGGGAGAGGGAGAAAGAGAGGGAGAGCUCGCUACCACAGCCCUCCCUUCUUCAUGCCUCCUCCUCCUCCUCCGCCGCCACCCACCCCUCCUGCCGCACCCCAGCAGUCCGCCCGGCGCCCUUGCUACGAACAGGGAGAGAGGGAGAGGGAGAAAGAGAGAGGGAGAGCAAGCCACCACAGCCCUCGCUUCAUGACUCCUCCUCCUACAUCUCCUGCGCCACCACCCUCCGCUGGAUUGCAUGAUGGCGUCGCCCUCCUCCUCCUCCUCCGCCUCUUCCUCCUGCACCGCCUACCCCUGCGUCUUCUCUUACUCCUCCGCCACCACCUCCUCCUCCAGCAUCGGCAGUGAAGGAAGGGAAGGGCGGAGGAGAGCCAUGGUAGUUGUCUGCACGCCGGAGGAAGUGAUGAAACCAAUGGCCGACAACACUGACUGACUGAUCGUGAGGGAAGGAAGGAGGCUGCACACAAGUGACUGAUGCUGGAGCUGACUUACGUACAUACAGCAUAACGACGUGUGUAUAGUGCUGUGGAGCGGCGGCUGAGGACAUGAUGCCCGACGUGUGCGUCCGGUGAUGUCGCAGGAUGGCCGGAGUCAAGGCGGGGGCGGCGCGGGUGGAUGUGGGGGGUCGGGCGCCCCCGCCAGCCCCCAGGGGAGCCCCAUCACGCUGUCCGUGCCCCGCCCAGACCACCAGCGCACCACCAACCUCUAUGUGGAUACGCCCUUCAAGCACCGCGUGGCGCCCCGCGCCCGCCCCUCCCACCACCACUCCCGCACCCACGUGGACCUGGCCCUGGUGCACGGCGCGCCCGCCCGCGUUAGCGGUAAGCGACCCAAGCUGGGCGUGACCCCUACCCCGGGCAAAGGAGUCCCCGCCAGCACCAGCGGCACUUCCCUGCAGCAGCAGCAGCCAGCAGGCAGCCGCACGCCAGUGAUCAGCAAGCAGCCGGCCGCCCUCACCUUCACCAAGAGCGGAAGGGAGGAGAGCGAUGGGGAGUCCAUCAUCUGCUCGUGGUGCGGCCGCUGCCGGUGCCAGGCGUGCACCAAGCCUCGGCCGCCGCCCGCCACCUGGCUCUGCCGCAACAAGUGCCUCUGCUCACCCGCCGCCGCCGUCGACUACGCUUCCUGCCUGUGCUGCGUGAAGGGCGUCCUCUACCACUGCGGCAAGGACAGAGAGUCUGGCCACGCCGCUCAGCUAGCCGACAACCCGUGCUCGUGUGGGGGGCGCCACGCCCUUCUGGGCUGGGCCUGCCUCGCCCUGGCCUCCAUCCCGCUGCCCUGCCUACUCUGCUACUGGCCGCUGACGGGGGUUCGCCACCUGCUGGAGAUGACCUACCAGCGGUGCACGAGCCACGGCUGCCGCUGCCCCCAGGGGCGGGGCCCGCGCCUCCAGCCUCCGCCGCCGCCGCCGCCCCCGGAGAAACGGCCGCUCCACGACUGCGCGUGAGAGAACUAGCGCCGCGCUGGCCGCCCUCCGCUGACGGCGGGCGGCCCGGCUCACCCUCUCAAGCUUUAAUACCCUCGGGCCAGGGUGGCCGCCAGGCCCCGCGCCCCGCCGCCCCGGGGAGCGCUGCUCGGUGCCGGUGGGGCGGGCGUGCGCCCCUCCUAGUCAUGGCCGCGCCCGCUGGCCGCCGGUCGCCUCUCGGGCACAUCAGGGAUCAAGGCCACGCCCACCAGUCCGCGGGCGGUGGAGGGGGCGGCAGCAACAGGCACCACAUUGUUAGUAAUUUAUUCACCGUUGAUUUGUCGGAGGAUGAAGCUUGUGUUGGGGGCGGCCGGCGGGGCGCCCCCGAUCCGCGCCGGAGUGAGGUGCCUCCACCCGCCCCGCCCCGCCCCGCCCCGCCCCGCCCAGUGGAAGCCACCAGGAUGAAUGGAGUGGGCCACCCCAGUACCUUCUAGUCGAUCAAUUAAUGUUGUUGCGCGAAUGUUGUUGUGGCGAAAAGACGGCCCGACUCUCCCCUCGCUGGCGGAGUGAGCGGGAAGGGGGCGGUUCUCCCUCCCUCCCUCAGUGACUGGCCUCAGCAGCCUGGGGGAGGCAGGCCCCCCGCGUCCUGAGGCGGCACCGUCGGCAGCGCAGUGCACAGCCUCACUCUGGCUUCCAUGGCCGCGGCGAGUGACUCGUGUGAGGCGAGCGCCAUCGCCGCCGCCGGAAAGAAAACUGGGAAACCUUUAUGAAGAAAAUAUAUAUACAUAUAUAAUAUAAAUAUAUACAGUGGAGAAAGUGUAGCAGUGGAGGCGGGCGUGCCAGUACGGGUCAGUGAGGAGGACGCCGCCGGAGGAAGACUUGGCGGCGACGACGACGUGACGUGCAAGAAAGUCUAUUUUUGAGUGGACGUUUAAAAAUGUUUUUCGUCAGAUUUUAACGAUAGUUAUUUGUUGAGUCGUCGAGGCGAGUCGUUACGAGAGUCGUUAGUCAGUCCGAGAAUAUUUAGGAUGAGUCUUCCUCUCACCAGCCUGAGAGACAGACUGAGAGAGAAUGAGAGAAAGAGAGCGAGAGUGAAAGAGUGUGAGUCGAGUCAACCAGUCAGUCAGUCAGUCAGUCAGUAAGUCAAGUUAGUCAGUCGUAAACACUGGGACGUGACGAGCGGUUCCCAGUCUUCGGUACUACUGUCAUGAGGCUCAAUAUUGCGUGUCACAAACUCAGGGGUCUCGACCUCUGUCCCCCCAACCCAUAACCCCCAACCCAUCAACCCCAUUACCUUCCUCCUCUCCCCCAUCCCCCCACACUCCACUCAUCUCCCAUCCCCCCUCAUCCCUCCCCCCCCCACACACACAAGCAUGAAGACUGACCACUCGCUUGUCAGAUCCCAUAAAGUAUUUUUUUAUUGCUGUAGAAUAUUUAAAUAAAACAAAAGGUCUAAAAAACAUGAAGAGGCGAGGACGUGAACGGCCGGGCAUGCUACAAGGGGCGUGGUGGUGGUGGUGGUAGUGGUGGUAGUUGUAGUGGCGGUGUCUCUUCCCCCACCUCCACCUCCUCCUCCUCCUCCUCCUCUCAUUUAAACCAUUCCUUAGUGCUGGGGUUGGUGGAGAGGGGGAUAUGAGGUGGUAGUUAUGUAGGAGAACUUACCACUACCACCACUACUACCACUACUACGACUACUACUAUUAUUACAUGCCACCAGUUAGCCCCUCCCUUCCCUGUAGUAGUGUGGACCGGUCGUAUUCCUGAUCCUCUUGUCCCUCUUUUCCCCUCCCUCUCCCUUCCACCUCCAUGGCCCUCACCUCCUCCUCCACGUCCCCAUGUGUAUGCCCUUGCCACCCCCCGCGUCUGCCCCCUCUGUCCCCUCCCUCUCCUGAUGUGUUUCUUAUCUUGCCAUUUCAUCCGUAUCAUCAUUGUCAUCCAUCUCCUUCACCCAUUUUAUUAUUAUUAUUAUUCUCUCAUGUUUUGCUCAUCUCCAUUUUUUCCACCUUUUGUCCCUUUCCCAUGUGUUAUAGUACUUCUCCUCCCCUCGCUCCUCCUCCUCCUCUUCCCUUUGUUGAUGUGUUAAUAAGAUUUAUCGAACAAAUAAUGAUUUUUGUUUCUCCCCUCUUGUAAAGUUACUGUACAGAAUUGUCUAUGGAGAGAAAGAUGAAGAGAGAGAAUGAGUAUGAGUCAGAGAUUAAGUGAGAAAAGAAUGUAUUAUGUGUGCGUGUGUGUGUAUGUGUUCGUAUGUUUGUGUGUGUGAAUGUUAACUAUUAUCGGUGUAUAAUUCUUCAUUGAAUAACUGCAUUCGUAUGUUUCAGAUACUAUAUCGGCAGUUACUGUAUGUAUGUAAAUAAAUACUGAGCAAUGAAAUAAUAACAAAAAGAUGAAGAUUUA